AUGGCGCUGGAUUCGUGCUCGAACCCGGCUGGCUUGCCAGCCGUCCCGGCGGACAAGAGGCUCUCGGUCCCAGUGAGGUUCAUCAUUUGUUGCUCGGAUCGGACCUCGUGCCCCAUCAGCGAGGCCAUGGCGAAGGAGCAGGUCCGUUGGAUGACCAACGGCUACGCGGGGAAGGAGGGCUGGACGGAGAUGCCGUUCGACCUUCACCCGCCCCCUCAGGUGGACACACAGAUCGGAUUCCACCUCGAGGAGAUCAAGUACGUAGAGGACGCUUCGUGCGCCCGGGACGGGUUCUACAGCCCCACCCUGGCAUACCGGCACAACACCGACGGCGAGGGCAUGCUGAACUACGUCAUCCUGACGGAUGACCAGUGCGGCUACCUGGGGUACGCCGAGUUUCCGGACAAGUGGAACGAGUCGAGCCCCGAGUUGGCGGUGAUGAUCAACGCCAAGGCCCUCCGCGGCUACGCCUCGAUGGUGAUGGCGCGGGCGGCGACGCUAACCCCGCCCGAGGCGACCUCCUCCACGAGGGUGAGCCACGAGGUCGACCUCGCCUUCGACGAGGGCGACACGUGCAUACACGAGGGCGGUCACUCGCUCGGGCUCUACCACACGUUCGAGGGCGGCUGCACGGACGGGGAUGGCGUGACGGACACGGCGGCUGAGGAGUUCCCUUCGUACCUCUGCGAGGACACCGAGAGCACAGCUGCGAGAGCACCGACCCCGUCCGCAACUUCAUGGACUACUCCCCGGACGCCUGCAUGGCGGGCUUCACGGAGAUGCAGAAGCGCCGCCUGUGGUGCAUGA